GGAGUCCUGCCUGCCCUGCCCUGCCCUGCCCUGCUCGCCCAGCGCGGCGCCGCGAUGUGAGACUCCCCCGGCCGAAGCGUCAGCGGGGCACGCCAGCUCCGCGAGCGCAGCACCCCGCGUGCUAGGAACACUAUAAGGACUGAACACAGGAGAAGAACAUUCGUCUCCGACUCCAGUGCCCAUUUCAGCACCUGGCUCACUGCCAUCUCACAGAGAAGAAACUGAGGCAGCUGCAGCUUCAUCUUCUCUCAGGCUCUAGUAGGGCCUGGCCACACCCUUCUCGCCUUGCACUGGGACCCGGGGUCUGGAAGUCCAGCAGGAACGAUGGCUGAGGCCAGUGUCUCCCCAUGUCCCUCAGCAAAGGACAACAUGGCAGCCAAACAGCCUCCUCCGCUCAUGAAGAAGCACAGCCAGACGGACCUUGUGAGCCGCCUGAAGACCAGGAAGAUCCUGGGCGUGGGCGGGGAGGAUGACGAUGGCGAAGUGCACCGGUCAAAGAUCAGCCAGGUCUUGGGCAAUGAGAUCAAGUUUGCUGUUCGGGAGCCUCUGGGGCUCAGGGUCUGGCAAUUUCUCUCUGCUAUGCUGUUCUCCAGUGUGGCCAUCAUGGCCCUCGCCCUCCCUGACCAGCUCUACGAUGCAGUUUUUGAUGGGGCUGAAGUCACCAGCAAGACCCCCAUCCGUCUGUACGGUGGUGCCCUCCUUAGCAUCUCCCUGAUCAUGUGGAACGCACUCUACACAGCCGAGAAGGCCAUCAUCCGCUGGACUCUGCUCACUGAGGCCUGCUACUUUGGGGUGCAGUCCUUGGUGGUCACUGCGACACUUGCGGAGACAGGCCUCGUGUCCCUGGGGACCCUGCUGCUCCUGGCCAGCCGCCUCCUCUUUGUCGCUGUCAGCAUCUACUACUAUUACCAAGUUGGCCGGAAACCCAAGAAAGUGUAGCUGGCUGGGACCUGCCUGGGCCUAGAGCUGGGCCAGAGUGGCUGGGGAAGUCACUGUCCAUGGGCCCCAGGCAGGCUGGCAGGGUGCACGCAGCUUCCUUUCCUCCCAGGCACUCCCUGGAGUCAACUUGGACCUCCUGGGCUUCUAGGAGUUAUAAGUCAGGCUGGGGCACCUCAGCCCAUACAGGGACAACCGCUUGCCCUGGCCUUCUUGACCUCCAGACUCUAAUAGACAGUCUGGAGUGGAGUGCUGGGGUCUGGGCGGAGUCAAGGUUAGUUCCUCUGCCAGGAAGCCCUUCUUUCUCCAGGAGAUUGUGCCAGCCCCAACAGCAGGUCUCAGCUUCUCUCCAUCCAGAAACCGGAAAACUGCGUGUCCCUAUAUGGGGUCCACACAUCCCAAACACACACACACACACACACACACACACACACACACACACACACACACACACACAGUUUUCAGAGCCCCCACUGUGGUCAGCUAGCAAGGGGAAUGCCUGCCUCCAUGGGGUCUAGGUUCCCCCUCCUUGGCCUGCAUACCUGACCCGCUCUUUGGCCUGCUGUAGAGUGUUCUGAUACACUGGCUGCCUGCACCCCAAAGCACCAGAGCCCCUCCCCAACAGGCCAGGAUUAGCAGUAUACCACAGGCCCUGACAGGCCUUGGCACCUCAGCUAGCCAUAGGCUCCUAGUGUGUGAGGGAUUCUGAAGGGAAGCAAAGCAGAGAUAUUUUCUUGGGAUGGCCUCCAAGGCCUGUAUGGUUGGCUACACCUGGUUCAGUGCCUGCUCAGUACCCCCUCCAGAGCCUACAGCCCCUCAGAUUCUAUAGAAGUAAGGAAACAGAAGUGGAUUUGCCCUUGCUCAGCACCCUGACAGUGGGCCCUUAGAGCUGAAGCCACCACUGGUGACACCAGCCCAUGUGGCCCCUCCCCUUGGUCCUAGCUCUCAGCACUUUCCUUCCCUUUGGCAGCAAGCACACUGGGUAAGAGGGGUGGCUUAGGCCUUUCUCUUCCCCUUCUGCAGAGGAGUGAGCCUCUGUGCCUGGGGAGCCUUUCCCUAGGGCACCUGGGCUCACAGCUUCCCUGAGCUCAUUUGGCCCUGCAGCCAAGUGCCCCAUGACAAUGACCUUUGCCCAGCAGAGGGACUCCUGGUUAGUUUUAGUGGAAGACAUGCCCAGCCAUGGUACGGCAGAGUGAGAAUCUGUGCAUUCACGAUGGGACCAACGUGUGCAUCCAUCUUCUGUCGUUGGCUUUGUGCCAGUCCCUCAGCCCCACCUCUUGACUCAGAGCACAGGCCCAGCCACUGCCACCUCUCAGUACAGCCCCAGCUGCUGUAGAGAGGGUGGCAUUGUUGACUGCUCUCAGCACUGGUGGGGUCUAUCCUCCUGAAUCCUCUGUGAAUGCAGAUAGAGUUCCAAGGGAGGUAGUCAGAGAAGUGGAAGAUGCCAGCCUUGUUCAGCCCUUUGGAGAACUCUGCCGUUCUUCCCCUCAGUGACAGGAGGUGGAAGGUCCUGCCCUGGGGUGGGGGUGGGGUCAAGGCCAGACCAAGGCUGGUGUACAGACAAGCCUGUGGCCUUGGGGAGGCACUAGGCUUGGAAGGAUGCUGCAAUGGAGAUAGGAACCCCACCCUGAAUCCAAACCCAGGGUGCCCUGGUUGCCCCAGCUCCUCUUGUGCUUCUGCCUCUGUCAUGGUCACUAUUUAUUCCUCAGUCCUUUUUCUUUUUGUAAGAAACAGUCACAAAAACCAGUGCAGAACGA